AUGCCGGCCGCCGGCGCCAGCGAUUCGGUCCCGCCCCUCAGGGGCGGCUACGUCGGUGGCUACAAGCAGAUGAACAUCAAGGAGUCGGAGUUCGAGUGGCUGCGCGGCUACCUCCAGCGCGAGGAGUCGACGCAGAAGCACUCGAUGGGCGAGGCCAGCGAUUCGUCCGAGACCGGAUCCACCACGGACAUGACCGACAUCAGCUUCGAGCCGGUCGCGCACGCGCCCGUCAAGGCGAUCGUGCUCGACUCGCCCAUCCACUCGGAGCCGCGCACCGAGUCGCGCUCCUCCACAGACCCCGACACGGCGUACAAGCGGCGGAGAAAGGUGGGGUGGACCUCGACGGAGGACCUUGCGAUCCUCGCCUCCGCGCGGCGCCUCGGCACGCAGUGGAACCGCAUCGCCGCCCAGCUGCCCGGCCGCACCGCCGACGCGGUGCGCAACCGGUGGCACCGGCUGCAAAAGUCGCAUUCGCUCGGCGACACUGAGGAGGGGCGCGCUGCCCUCGACGCGCUGCUGAUCGCGUGCGGCUUCGACAAGGACUGGGUACCGCCCAACCUCGAGGCCGGCGGCCCCUACCCCGGCGACGAGGACCAGCUCAUCGAGGAGGGCGUCCGCCGCUUCGGCCUCAAGUGGCGCCAGAUUGCCGCCUCGCUGCCCGGCCGGUCCGACUCGUCUGUCCGCAACCGGUGGAUGCGGCUGCAAAAGGAGGCGGCGACGCUGCGCGCGGCGGCGGCGAACAGCGGGAACGAGAUCCCCCUCUCCGCCCUCCCCGCCACCAGCCGCCGCCGAGGCGCGGGCCCCGUCGUCCCCUCCAACAGCUUCUCGCUCGGCCUCCCUCCCCUCGCGGCCGCCUCGGUGGUCGACGAGUCAUUCGACGCGCCGAUCGGGGUCGCGGCGGAGCAGCUCGCCUCGUCGAUCGAGCAGCGUUCCUCGCCGCUCGACAACUCCGUCUCGAUCCGCCUCCCGCACGCUGCUCCCUCGCCGCCUUCCCUGCCCGCCUACGGCGCGCACCAGCAGCCGGCGGUGGUCUCGGCGGUGCAGGGCGCGAUCGACGAGGCGGGCAACGUGGUGGGGGAGGGCGGGGCGCCGCUCUCGAGGCAGGAGCUUGUGGACGUGAACGCCCCCUUCCGCGUCGAGUGGGAAUUGUACUAA